AUGGAUGAAUUAGAAUAUGUAAUGAAAUUAAUGCAAACAAAUAUUCGAGAUGUUAAAAGUGCAUUCAUUGGAUUAAUAGCAAAUGAAACAGCUAAAUGGGAAUGGUUAGAUGGUCGUACGUUUUGGGACAGUGCAUUUGCUCCAUUGUAUUAUCCAUAUCGACCUGAAACAAGUCGUUGUGGUAUUAUACAUUUGAUAAACGGCACGAAGCCAGCAUUCGAAGGACGAGAUUGUAAAGAUGAUGAAGCCUAUUUUAUUUGUAAAUAUGGUAAGAAAAUAACAUAA